GGCUCUGGUGCUUGCGACGGACGGAGACGAACCAUCAGACCAACAGCUGUCAUCCAAUAUCAAUCACAAAAAGGACGCCUUCAAAAAUGGUUUAGUUGCUCGUGAUUAGUCCAAACGCUUUUUCCUUUUAAAAAUUGCAUUACUUUUACAUUUGUGUCGAUAAAAAUGCCGAAAAUACUUGUCCUCAUAGCAGUUUUUAUUUACCUGAUACAAAUAGUAACGUCUGAAUUAAGAUGUCCUGCUAAAUGUGAAUGCACCGAAGUUAUAGAUGGAUUAAAGGCACAAUGUCAGGGUCAAAUAUACGAUGUAAAAGAAGUCGAUUUUACGGAUAUACAUGAGCUGCUGACACACAUAGACCUGAGCAGAAACAAGAUUUCAUCCCUGGAUGGCAAAAUAUUUCACAACAUGACCCGAUUGAGAUCUUUAGAUCUAUCAAACAAUAACAUCCGACGCAUCGAAUCCGGAGUGCUAAACCAGCUGCUAGGAGUAAAGAAACUGAAUUUUUCGCAAAACCAGAUAGUUUCAAUAGAGCAAGGCUCGUUUGACAACAUGCCAAAUCUGAAAAUAUUAGAUCUCUCAUCGAACCCUUUGGCGUGCAAUUGUGACUUGCUCUGGUUAGUGCCAUGGUCGUUGAACGCGUCCGUUAAACUGCAACCGGCUCCGAAGUGCGGCACUCCGUUUAAGAACAUGCUUCUUAAAAAACUUCGUGUAGGAGUGGAUUUACAUUGUGCAUCGGCGGGUGAAGCACCUAUAUUGCAGUUGAUACCUGGCGUUGACCAGCUGCUGUUCCAGGGUGAUCCUUUGCGGCUUCGGUGUAGAGCACCUCGUUUGGCUGUGGGGAGCGUCAGGGAUUCAGAGGACAUCCACAUACGGUCGCACAUAUUCUGGGGUUGGUCAAAUACGAAAAACACAGAAGACGCUUUCCAGGAUAUCGUAUUCCACGAUCCAUUGAAGCUGUUUCCAACGGCUACGAUCAGUACACGCCCGCUUUCCGAUAGUGGCAUAUUGGAUUCCACUCUGAUUAUACCGCAGGUAACAGCCAAUCAUACCGGAACUUGGGACUGCCGUCUGGUGACCAACUCGGCGUCUUUUUCAAAGAGAAUCUCAGUUAUAGUAAUUUCUAACGAGACACAUUUUUGCCCUGAAACAUAUAGUCACGAUAGCAAAGGUUCAUAUUCUUGGCCAAAAACAAUCACCGGCAGAACGGUCUAUCUUCCAUGUACUAACGAUGCCAGUAUUGGGGCUUCCUACGCUUAUUUUACUUGUACGAGUAAUGGAACUUGGGAUAAUUUGAACGCAACUGGCUGUGCGUAUGUUUUGGAGAGCACUCGCGUUCUAGAGCAAUUUUCUAAGACUAACCUGUCGGGGAACAUUCUGGAAAGUGCGCGUUAUUUAAGGAACUAUUCUCAUUCAUUGUUGGCAAAAACGAUGAAUGCAUUAGACUUAGUGUUCUUAACUCGAACUAUGGAAAACUUUGCAAAAGAAACAUAUCACGAUAAAGAAUUGGGAUUUGUAAUGAUGGACAUUUACGUUCAACUAUUAAAGUACAAUUCGAACGCUGCUUCCUAUGUUGAAGCGCAAAAGGAGGACCGAUCCUGCCACAAACUAUUUGAAUCCUUCAAAUCUGUAGUACUCAAUUUACCAGUUGCUAUGUUGAGUAAAGAGAAUAUACAAGUCGAAUUGUUUGAAAUCCCGUUCAAAGGAAGUACGAAUGGUUUUUCAUGUACUGGCAAUAGUCUCAACUCUAAGAUGGGCCCCUUAAAAUGUAGUAUCAUUUCGAAGCUACCUCAAUACACUUUCAACGAAAGAAACGUCGAAGUUUCACUAUUCACGUCAUUUUCGAAACCAUUUGUGAACCAAUACACAUCUGCCCGCCUCAUGAUAUCGAUUCUCGACAGUAGUUUAUUUUUCCCAAAUUACGAUCCGGCCUUUCGAAUCACUUCGAAGGUGAUAUUGCUAGAACCGGUACAAAAUGGUGUAGAUUUCCUACAGAACACCACCGAAAAUACCGACAUAAUCAUUGUUUUGAAAACAGCUCUGUACCAUGAUGAUAUAAGCAAGCCCAUACCCGUUAUUUGGGAUCCCGAAAUGAACGAUGGGCUUGGUGGAUGGAGUCGGAAGUUUUGUUUUCAAAAUCAUUUGUUUAACCGAGCCCUUAUAUUCUCAUGUAAAAAGUUUGGAGUAUAUGCCAUCAUGCAGAAUGUGCGAUAUCUGAACGACUUUCUAGACAACGAAGAUGCCGGAGCGAGUUUCAGAUAUAGUGAAAUAGGCGUUUACAUUGGCAGUAUAGCAUUGUUUGUAGCUUGCUUUUUCAACAUCAUACUCUACAUAACAUUCGCGUCCAAUAUCAGAAUGAACGUGCGAAAAAGACAUUGCCUUAUCAAUCUUUGGUUUAGCUUGUCGGCAUUAGCAUUCUUGUAUGCUUUCGGAAUCCAUCUGACGGAAGAUUUCAAACUAUGUGAAAUUGUGGGUUUGCUAAUGCAUUAUUUCACAUUGGCCUCAUUACUGUGGUACACCACGCUUCUGUGUAGCUUUUAUAAAACAAUUUCAAGACGUAGAAGCAUAAAUCAGGAACUCGUAACGGUAGCCUCUUCUAUAACAAGCACAAACGAAACAACGACGAAAAGCAAACCUCUGGUGGGAUUAUACUUGGUAGGAUAUGGAAUAUCUUUGCUUAUUGGAACCAUAGGAGCGGUAAACUUACAAGACUAUUCGUCGUAUAACAUAUGUUUUAUAACAGAAACGCCCGCCUUAAAUUCGGUUAUAUUUCCAACAAUUAUCCUGCUUGCUUUUCUUGUGGUAUUGUUCCUUGCCGUAAUGUGUACCAUAAAAACAAAAUACAUCUAUACGAACAAUAGUUCUUUCUCGGAAGUAACUCGCGACUGUUUGCAGCAACAGAAUAGACUAAAUCCAGCAGCCACAGAAGGUAGCUUGUACAUGGAUAGCUGUUCAUUUUCGACUUGUAGUACUCGUGCUCAACAUAAAGAAUACUUAUCACAAUUGAAAAUAAAACUCGCUUUGCUUGUUUUAAUUAUUUUGACUUGGUUAGCAGCUGCCACGACCUCAUACAUGACUACCAAGAACAGGAAACAAUAUGAACAACUGUUCAGUAUGGUUUACGGAAUAUUGGCGUCUAUUCUGGCCUUAUCAAUACUGUACUUUUAUUGUUUCACACGUAGUGACAUCAAAGUGAUGUGGUUGACCAUCAGACAACCAGCGCUACCAAAUCACAACGUCAAUUCGGAAACCUUUUAUAAUUCAUCGAAAGGAGGCCCUGCACGCGUGUACAGUGAACUUGCCGUUGUUCAACCUGUUGGAACCGCAAUUCCUAGUACGGCAGCAGUGUACUAUAAAAAAGAAAACAACUCUGCAUCUAUAUACCAUGCACCCUGCGUUGAGAUUUUCUUUAAUGCCAAUCAAAGCAAUGUGGCGCGUAAAUUUUUCCGCAAACAGAAAAGACUAGCUCGCCAGCGAAAGUUUGAUUUAGGCAAGACUGAUUCGUUCGGACGGCCUGAACAAUCCGAUGAUUCAUCUCAGUUCUAUUUUGUGCAGGCGACAGCUCAAAAAGAAUGUUUACCACAAGAGACCAACCUGAAUGAGCUAACUCUUUGCAAUGAAAUAAGAACUGUCAAUAAUAAACCCUGUUUCUAUCCAAAUUUGCUCUCGGAUAGUUGCAAUGAAAGUGAUGCUCUUGUCGAUAUAAAUAGCACAUUGAAUGUCCGGUUUAUAAAAUUGACUAAUAAUCCGGAAAUACAACCCGAUUCUAACUUGUACACUAACAUAGUGAACAAAGAAGACGAAACAAAUAAAUUAGAUGAUACUCUUAUAAACAAUCUGAAUGAAUCCCAAUCAUGCCCAAUAUAUGAAAAUAAUUUACCUUUCGCAACAGCAGGUAUCAAAGUUGAUGCCGAAGCAAGCGAGGAAGUAGUAGAAGAAAAUCUAAAAGCGAAACAAUUUAGAAGAAAAAAAUGUAAAUCUUUGGAUUAUCUUUCUCAAUGCACAGUCGAAGUUUCCCCUAAAAGAGAAAAUCCAAGAUAUGCAUCGACUUACACAUUUUGUCCGGUCAACGCAGCCAAAACUCUUCCUUCAAACUUUGGCAAUCGUACUCAUGGCAGUGGCCCAUUUCUGCCGCCACUUAGUAUGUGUGAAUUGUCGGGAUCACUACUAUCGGCCGAUUCCGAACAAAAUUUGCCAUACAAUCCCGAUAAUACCCCAAUCGCCGAACUGAAAUCUACUGCAAACGAAUCAAAAGAUCUCUCGGAUGAAACGGCGCAAGGUAGCACGCAUAGGCAUACCCUUUUUUGUAGUCCUACUAUGUUCAGUGAUUUCAAAUACCAAAAUUCGGAAGUAAGCCUUCGAAGUCAAGAUUAUUAUGCCCCUCAACCGGAGAAAAAUGAUCUUAAUUACAAUUUUAGCGAUAUUGACGAUGAUAGUUCUGCUCAGGGCAGCCAAACAUCAAUCGACGAGUUGUACGAGUUGAUAAAUGGAAACUUUCCUAACAUUAGACCGGCUAUAGAGUCAGCUGUUACUGACGAGCAAGCAGAGCUGAGAAUUUUAGAUCAUCAACAUCAAACACAGUUCAGAAAUCGCCACUUGUAUGCAAAUACAAUACCUAAGUCAUAGUACCUAUUUGAAAUUGAAGUUAUGUUAUCGUAUACAUAGGUUUAGGUUUGGUUAUAGGUUUGGCUAUAGGAUCACUUCAAAACUGAAAUUUUAAUGGAAGGCUUCGAGAUCCAUAGCGUUAUAUACCAAUCAUCAAUCGACUAAGCUCGACGAAUCGAGGUGAGAAAGAGAAAGAGAUUUCUCGCUUAACUUUUCAAAAGGACCUAAGUAACAUUUUUUUCAUGAAUUAGUUUGAGUACUGCAAUCAAAAGCCUUUCAUGUUGUUCUGUUGAUUGCGCUAUUCAAAUUAAUUCAUGAAAAAAAUGUUACUUAGGUCCUUUUGAAAAGUUAAGCGAGAUUUCACGGGUUCACGUCGUGCACUGGGUGCGUUGCGUCGCAUCGAGCGGUCGCGUUGCGUCUACUCUCUGGCUUGCCAUUCAGUAGCGUCUUACAAAGGCAUUGUUGGUUUCUUCUUUGCUGCGCUUAGGUAAGCACAGGAUAUCUUCCGUUGCUGCAUCUUUGAAAUUUUGUACGGGUUGUCCGACAUUUGCGGUAAAACAUUCCGCGGUUUAAAAUGUCGUACAACCUUUUGAACGGCUUCCUUAGAGCCUGGAUUUUUCAAAGUAUGUUAUUUACUGUAUAUAGUAGGGUAAGACGAGGCAAAAUGAGCACCCUAAGGGUGAUCCUUAAUACCUUCUCAACAAGCAUGCCUUUCUAAAUUACAAUACAACAGUUCUUUUUUUGUUGCAUCUUAUCUUAUAUCAGAAUCCGAUUUUCAAAGAGAACGGCAAUCCCAAUCAAUGUGACAGUGACUUAACUAAAACUCUGUUUUUGACUGAUGCAAAUAAACUACGGGACAAGAUGAGCACUCCUGCACCCCUACGGGGCAGGAAGGGCACCCUACUAAAAUUCGUUUUUUUACAUAAAUUGAUCAGAGCACCAAUAUAUAGGGGAAAUGUUCCGAUCUCCAUCUCACUGUACAUAUAUCAAUCUCAUUGCUAAACAAAAAAAUACGGCACCAAAUUCGUCGCUUCUUUUUGUCAACAUGCGUGCCCACUGUUGAAAAAAAUCACAAAAAUAAUAAACAAACUAAAUUCCUUACCAUUGCUUUGUUUUUGAUGGGAUGGAAAUAGGAGCUAUGAGAUGAAGUGGCGAACCGCUCCCCUAUAUACAAAAAAGUAAAAGCUUUAAAUGCGCAUUGGUCAUAUAAAGAAAAAUAAAACUAUUUUUGUAGAUCAAUAAGUUAUUAUUUUUUAUUGAUACCGCUAAAAUUAAUUUUGUUAAUUCUUCUUCUUCUUCUUUGGAAUUACAUUCCUCACUCGCAGCUUGUUAUCAGUUAUUAUCCACAGUUAUUAACAGCGAGGUUUCUAAGCCAAGUCACCAUUUCCGCAUUCGUAUAUCAUGAGGCUAAACACGAUGAUACUUUUAUGCCCAGGAAAGUCGAGACAAUUUCCAAUCCGAAAAUUGUCUAGACCGGCACCGGGAAUCGAACCCAGCCACCCUCAGCAUGGUCUUGCUUUGUAGCCGUGUAUUUUACCACACGGCUAAGGAGGGCCCCAUUUUGUUAAUUAUUUAUGUUAAUAAAAGAGCUAAGAUUUCAGUAAAUUUCAUAAUGUACGUUACUCAACAGAUACAUCAAAAAGUAAAUCUUAAUUGUAGACUGUGCAAAAUAAUUUUACUAUUUUGUGUACUAAUUGUUUCAAAAUGGGGUGCUCAUCGAGAUAAAUUAUUCAAAUCUAAUUAAGCAUUUCAAUUUUAAUAUUUUCAAUGGCCUUAAAACAUUUUCUAAAUUUAAUUAAAAAAAUAUUUAUGUUUUUUACACUUUAUGGGGUGCUCAUCUUGCCCCGUCCUCCCCUAAAACAAAUGUGAAAACUUCGUUGUACGAGAACGCCAAAAAUAAUAGCAUGAUACUAUUAACAAUUACAUAAGAUUUCACCGUUCCGAGGUGAAUGGAGACCAUAUUUUACCACAGUCUGGCAUAUAGAAAGAAGUUUUCGUCAUAAGAAUGAAAAAAGGUUUUAUUUUCAUAAUCGUGUAUUGGAUUCUAGCAAUCUUUUCCUUAACAACUGUCGAGCGUUAUAAAUUUGAAUAGAUUGAAUAUUUUGAUGUAUUUAUUAACAAAUAUUAUUAGUACAAAACUUCUUAGGUAUGUAUUUAAUACCAAGAGUCAAUCUAAAAUACGAUUCUAUGACACUGCCCCGAAUUUGUCAAAAAAUUAAAAGAAAACAUGUAUUCAUUUUCUGGCUCACUUUAUUACUUUAUUAGAUUGCGUUUCAAUAAUGAAGUUGAAAAUAGAAACUAAUCAGUCAAAAAUAAAAUAUUUAGAAUUAUCAGUAUGAGUCAUUUACUCACCCGUCUUUUUUUUUUUAUUAAAGUCUUUAUUAAAAUCUUUAUUAAAGAGACUUUCAGCCCAAGGCUGGCUCGUCUCGCCACCCGUCUUAUUCCGGGCUACCGCGUUGUUUAAAAGAAGGAAACAUUUUCUUUUCCGCCGCGUCCCGGCCAAAUGUGUUUCUUUAAAGAAGUUACCGUCGUGCGGGACUUCUUUUGACAAAUCGGGGGCUACUUUGGACAUUUUAAAACAAGAAUUAUAACGUAAAUUACUAUCAAAUUUCCAUUAUCACCAUUCAGGUGUAUUGUUGAUAGUUGGAUGGCAGCUUUCUGUUUCAAAUUUUGUAUUUAUUUCGUUUAAUUUUUUCAGAAAAUUUAAAAUCCAAAGUAGCCCCUGUAAUCAAAAGAAGCCCCGCACGACGGUAUUUACUCUUCCACCUUAUUCCGGGCAAAUGCGUGCUUUAAAAGAAGGAGGCAUUAACUCUUUCGCUUUAUUCCGGGCAAGUGCGUGCUUCAAAAAGGUAUCAUUUACUCCCCCACUUUAUUUCGGGCAGAUGCGUGCUUUUAAAGAAGGAAGCAUUAGUUUUAAAUAAGGAAGCAUUAUUCCGGAGAAGCGGAUGCUUUCAAAGAGGGUGUCAUUUACUCUUUCGCAUUAGUUCGGGCAAAUGUGUGUUUUGAAAGGAGGAGGUGUUCACUGUUUCGCAUUAAGAGCCUCGCACAUAGGAUUCGUUAGGUGUUGUGUUUGAGUUUUCCCAUAUGAAAUGUGUCAAACGCAACGCAAACGUAUCCUAUGUGCAGGCCUCUUUAUUCUGGGCAAGCACGUGUUCCAAAGGGUGUCAUUUACUCUCCCAUCUUAUACCGGGCAGAUGCGUGCUUUAAAAGAAGGAGAAAUUCAUUCUUUCGCAUUAUUCCAGGCAAGAGCGUGCUUUAAAAGAAGGUGUCAUUCAUUCUCCUUCCUUUUUCCGGACAGAUGCGUGCUUCAAAAGAAGGAGGCAUUCAAUCCCUCGCAUUAUUCUGGGCAAGCACGCUUUACAAGAAGGUGACAUUUACUCUCCCAUCAUAUUCCGGGCAAGUGUAAAAAAGUAAUUUACUCUCUCGCCUUGUCCCGGGUAAGUGCGUGUAUUGUACUUAGCGCAUUAACAUUAUUGCCUGAUUUUCUCAAAAUUGCACGCGGCGUACCCUUCAGGAAAGGUACCGCCGCGCUUUCUGCAUCCCGUUUACUUGAUUCUUAUGGGUGAAUUGCAUUGCGGUGUAUCGUUUGGCGCGCCCGCACCUUUCGACAGUCAUUCGCCGCGUGAAGUUUUGUGCAAGUACCCAUUUAGGAACAUUACAAACGCCGCGCAGUGUAUCAUACCCAGAAGAUCUGACAAUAAUUGUUGCUGAAGAUAUUAAUAUCCGUUCCAUAGACAGGACAUGUAUUAAAGAAAAAGAAAAAAUAUCUUAUACUGAAAGUCACAUCACGUUUUCGCAAAUUUCUCGUGAAGGUCGUGAAGCCAAGGUCGUGCUUUCAUUCUCUUUGUUGGUCUCUGGCAUUCGCUCUUUCGCAUUAUCCCGAGCAUUCCCGGCUUAAAUAUUAGGAUAAUUGUUAGCAUAUACAAAAGUAAUAAUUAAAAUUAUUGUGUAAUAUAUUUAUAUGAUUUUCGGGGGCAGUGGGCAGCGACGUUCGGGUUAGUGUCAUAGAAUCCUAAAAUACACAGGGUAUGUCGUCCAUUAUUAAUAAUAUGCUUAAAUAUUAGUCUACCGAACAGGUAAUUCGGGCCUAAUUCUUCAUUUUUUCUAACGUUCAAUUCAAUGUAGGGUUCCAUUUCUGUGUUUUAAAAAAUGAGUACAUUAGCUUCAAUCCAGAAAUAGUGAUCUCAUCAAAUUUAAAUGUAAAGCUAUCAAAACUAUAUUUUACAUAAAAGCAAUUCGAAUUGCUCAGAAGAUGCAGCACUAAUUACGGAAGGGUUUUUCCAAUCCCUUACUCCUCCAUCGAACAGCCGUUUCACCGUAAGCAUUAACAUAAUUAGUAUAAGGCUCAUACAUCUUCAUGUGAAUAAGACUGAAAUAAAAAUAAGUUGUAAAUGUUUGUAAA